AUGGGAGCCACUAAUAUUCACUGCAGUACUCUACCUUCUUCUCUGCAGUGGAUGCCAAUCAAGGAGUAUGUGGAACAGCCCUACAAUAAGAAACAUGGACAGUUCCAAAAAGUUGCUGAGAUCUGUAGAGAUCGAGCAGCAGGAGCAUAUGUUGGUUUCUCUGCUGUGCCAGUCUCAUCAGCUUCUGGGAAGGAAGUUUACCUCUACUGUAAUAAUAACAAAGGCAGCAAAUUGUAG